UGCGGAUGAACGAACCUUUGAAAUACGAUCCUUGGUCGUCAGUUCUAGAAAGAACUUAUCUAAAUUUUAAAUGGACUGCAGAGGCCAAAAAACAUACCUAUGUUGAUAGAGAAGAAAUUGGACCAGAUUUUGUUGAAGGAGCGGUGCUCUCUUAUAGAAAUGGCGAUAACAACAUUCAACGGUGUAGAGCUAACGUUCCCGGACGAAUCAUAAUUCAGAAAGGAAUAGACAGAAAUCGAAUUGUUCGGGUGGUUGUAUCGACUAGUACGAACCCGUGG